AUCAACUUGUUAAACAAGUUUCCUCUUAAUUGCUUUCUGUUACUGCACCCAGCCCUUAAAAUCUCAAUUAUCCUUAUGGUUAGCACAUUUACUGGCAAGGACAAGUAGAGUGAAGAAGUUUCCUGUAUUUUUAUCAAUAGCACCAGACAUCCCAUCAGCACACCAUGUAUAGACCAGUCACAGGUCCCCGUGCAUCUCCGCCACUGUGGAUAAUUGUCCUUGUUGUGCUUGGAGGGUUGGCAAUUCUUGGAAUUACUAUUGGUCUCCUGGUUCAUUUUCUGGCAGUAGAAAAUAGAACUCACUACUAUCAAGGAAGCUUUGAAGUGCUAAAUAUUCCAUAUAAUAAAAAUUAUGAAAGGGAGACAUCCCAGGAAAAUAACUACCUCAGUAAAAUCCUUGAAACUAAGAUGGUUGAUGCAUUUGAAAGCUCUGACAUUUACAGAAAAUAUAUUAAUUCCCAAGUCAUCACACUGGUUCCUGAUGGCAACAGUGUGACAGCUCACAUAUGGCUGGUUUUCAAGGACUCCAGAGCAAGGAAGGAAAACACAAGAAGAAGAAUUGAGAGCAUCUUACGCCAGAUGCUGAAGAACCAGUCAGGGUCCUUGACCACAGAUGCCACUUCUCUUAAGCUCAUGGAAAUCAGUAAAACUGCUGCUGAAAAAAUUAUCAACAGCCGCUGUGGGAGGCGAGCAAGGAUGUCCGCUACCUAUGACAGAAUCAAGGGAGGCUCCACCGCCCAGGAGGGAGAGUGGCCGUGGCAAGCCAGUCUCAAGAUGAAUGGCAAACACUACUGUGGGGCAGUGUUAAUCAGCGAACUUUUCCUGCUGACUGCGGCUCACUGCUUCACGAAGACAAAUAAUCCAAAAGUUUUUGCUGUUAGCUUUGGCACAGAAGUAACUCCUCCUUAUAUGCAACAUGAUGUUCAACAAAUAAUUAUUCAUGAAGGCUAUGUCAAAGGUGAACAUCACGAUGAUAUUGCAAUUAUACGGCUCACUGAAAAAGUUGUAUUCAAAAAUGAUGUGCAUCGAGUUUGCCUUCCUGAAGCCACACAGAUAUUUCUGCCUGGGGAAGGAGUUGUUGUUACAGGAUGGGGAGCAUUUUCCUAUAAUGGUAAAUUCCCAGCGUUACUUCAGAAGGCACUUGUAAAAAUUAUAGACACAAACACAUGUAAUGCUGAAGAAGCAUAUGAUGGCAUGAUACAAGACACAAUGAUAUGUGCUGGCUACAUGGAAGGAAAUAUCGAUGCCUGUCAGGGUGACUCUGGAGGACCCCUAGUUUAUCCCAAUUCUCGAAAUAUUUGGUACCUUGUUGGCAUCGUGAGCUGGGGAGACGAAUGUGGCAAAGUCAAUAAGCCAGGCAUCUACACAAGAGUGACGGCCUACCGCAACUGGAUCGCCUCUAAGACUGGUGUCUAAGGGAGAAAAGUCUUAUAAAAGCAGCACAGGGCAUUGUCGCUGUGACUUCUAGUCCUCAUUUACCAUGCUUUUCUAAUUAGUGGGUGUACUGGCUCCUAGAAAGAAUGGGGGACCUCAGAAAAUGUUUGUGAGUUUUUAUUUUAGGCAGACCCUAUAAGACAGAAUAAGAAAUCUUACUGUUUUGGGUCCAGAAAGGCUUAAGCCAAGAACAUAUUCCCACCAAAGCUAAAUUUUAUAAUACCAUACUGUAUGUAAUGCUAUUCCAUUAACUCCUCUGGUGGUUAUCUCAUCACAGCACAAAGCUCAUAGUAUCUGUUAUUAUGACUCUGGAGUGUUAUGAAGGUGUAUUUUUUGCCCAUGGCAAAUUAGCACAGAGUGCCAUGAGAGACUGGAAUUAUGCAUGUUGAGGCACAGCAUGUGGUGUCUGCUUUCAUGUCACAGCUAUAGGACUGUGACAUGAACCUAGUCUAGAUGCAGGUGUUGAAUUCCCAUCUCUUAUUUGCACUGCUACUUUCAUCAAUUGUUGCAAACAUUGUGAAACAAUUUCACAGCAAAAGUAAACAAAACAAUACAUUUCAAACUUACAAGGGAUCAAGUACAACAAGUCUUUAGUAUUGGUACAGUAUUUAGUGGAAAUUCCCUAUUUGUCAUACGUUUUGAAAGACUAAUUAUAGAGAAUGAAAGUGUGUAGCACAUUCUAAUUAAAACAGGUUAACAGGCAAACUAUCUUUGUUCAAUGACAGUUUCCUUUUUCCUGUUUAUUUUUAUUUAUUUUCUUAAGAAUAUGCAAAUGUUGCUUUUUCUUGUCUUCAGCUUCCUUGGAUAGGUA